GCAGAUGUUUUAUCGCCAGAAAAAUAAUGCAACAUUUUUUGCUAGUUGUUCUGACUACGAGUGUUUUUCAGUUGUUUUUUUCUUUAAAGAUACCUGAAUAAAUCUUUUAAGCGUCGUAAAACGCGGAUUAUUAACUGCAUAUUUUUUCUCGUCUUUCAUAGUAGAAAAAAGUCGAUUUUUAUCGUGAAGAAUUGAACUGAAGAAGUAAUCCGUCAUGUCGACGACAAAUUUAUGCCGGUUUGGUAUUUUAUAUGUAAUCAUAUAUCUCGGCGUCCAAAAUGUUGACGCUUCCACCUCCGUCACCGCAACACAUACUGCAACAAGUUCUGGUAGUUUCUCUGUCAGUGGAGUUACAAGCAGCACUGGUUCACUCUCAGCGUCAUGGUCAAGUAUAUCCACUUCUGUUACGUCAAGUUCAACACCUACUUUAACUGCAUCCGCGAGUAUAUCUUCCAGUUCAUCUGCCGAAAUCAGUGCAACGCCUUCUGGUCCAACACCAAGUACAUCUUUCAAUUCAUCUGCCGAAAGCAGUUCAACGUCUUCUUCCCCAACGCCAAGUAUUUCUUCCAGUUCAUCUGCCGGAAGCAGUGCAACGCCUUCUAGUCCAAUGCCAAGUACAUCUUCCAGUUCAUCUGCCGAAAGCAGUGCAACGUCUUAUACCCCAACGCCAAGUACAUCUUCCAGUUCAUCUGCCGAAAGCAGUGCAACGUCUUCUUCCCCAACGCCAAGUACAUCUUCCAGUUCAUCUGCCGAAAGCAGUUCAACGUCUCCUACCCCAACGCCAAGUACAUCUUUCAGUUCAUCUGCCGAAAGCAGUUCAACGUCUUCUUCCCCAACGCCAAGUAUAUCUUCCAGUUCAUCUGCCGAAAGCAGUGCAAUGCCUUCUAGUCCAAUGCCAAGUACAUCUUCCAGUUCAUCUGCCGAAAGCAGUGCAACGCCUUCUAGUCCAAUGCAAAGUACAUCUUUCAGUUCAUCUGCCGAAAGUAGUGCAACGCCUUCUGGUCCAAUGCCAAGUAUAUCUUCCAGCCCAUCAGCCGGAAACAGUGAAACGUCUUCCGCCCAAACGCCAAGCAUAUCUUCCAGAACAUCUCUGUACAUGUCCCACUCUUCAUCUAGAUCUUCUGAUAGCAGGCUGGUAACUCAAUCAACAUCUUCAAUCACAAAAACGACCACACAACACGCGACGUCAUCGAUAUCUCCAACAACCUCAAAAAUAUCUAUAUCGACGUCAAUCGUUUCAACAACACCGAGAGUGACGGUUAAACCACAAAAUUACGACAGAAACGUCACCUUUAAAUUUUCCGCCUUAAACUGUUCGAAUUUGUUUAACGAUACAUCAAAAGAUAGCGUAGCUUUGGAAAUGAGAGACAAGAUAGCUGCAAAAGCACGCAUUGCUAAAGGAAGUAUGAAAAAUUUCAGUAUUAGAUGUGGAUCCAUUAUUGUGAGUUACGUUCAAGUUAUGACUAACAACCAGACAAGCGAAAACUCAGUUUUGGCGGUAAAAACUCUCGUUCAGAACAACAACCUCAACAUCGUUAUAAAUAACCAGAAUCUGACAGUAGCGCCCUCUUCUUUUGUUAUUCUCGUCAUCGUACCGCCAUACGCCACCACAGCCAGACCAACAGCUGUACCAGAUGAUGAUGAUCUCAGUUCCGGUGCUAUCGUCGGUAUCGUGUUGGGAUUGUUAAUUUUUAUCGCUAUUGUUGCUGCAGUCGUUUAUAUCUUCUGCAUUCAGAAGAAUACUCGUAAAAAUCCAACUGUUGAACCAAACGACAACGAUUUAGUAUUGAGAGGUAAAAGCAAUGAAGGUUAUACUGACUCUCCAUAACACGGCCUUUGAAGGUUUCGAACGAAUAUAAAAAAACAAGUAACUAUGACAACCGCGGCACAUGUCGUGAAAUGUAUUUACGACUUCAACAAGUCAUAACAUCAGAGUGAAGUAUAGCCAAUAUCUUUAUAUGAGUUUCAUCACCGGCUAGUUUCAAAGGGAGAUAUUCAGGCAUAUCAUUAAGUCGCGAAGAACGUUAAUAAAUGUCCUGACAUUUUUUUAAUUUGAUUCCAGGCCCUUGAGUAUCUAUCCAAAUAAGAAAUUGACAUUUAAUGUGUGAAAUAUGUUCCAUAAUUUGUACAUAUUGAAAAUAUAUAUAACUAUUUCGCUAACAUAAACACCGUAUUCUGAUGAAGUUGCAACAGAAAAAGUAAAAAGAAAAAAUCCACUUAAACGAAAUAGAACGGAUUGGAACGAACAAUUGUGCUUUGUAGAGUCUUAAUUGCUGAUGAACUUCUCCCUGUUACGAUCCCAACUGACAGUUGAAACCAUUUCUUCAACUUUCUUGGCGGAUAGGAACGAAAAGAAAUAUAAAAAAAGAUUAGUUAGCAGAUGGCCAAUCAAACUUAAGUAUUUUUUUGUUCCGUUCCGUUCUGCUGCUGAGUGGAAUUUCAACUUUACGUGAAUUCACAAAAUCUCUAGCCAUCCCUAACACACCAGACCAGCUGUGCUACAACUAUUCACAUCCUUGUGAUUUUCUCAUAUUCUUUUUCUUUUUAAAUAAACAGAAGCGCACUGGGUAUCCAGUGCGCACAAAAGUCAAAGUUUGUGUGUGUUAGAAUAGAUUAAAGUUAUUGCUUUUCUGUCGUAAGCGAAGAAAAAACGGUGGUGGUGUAAGGAUAGCCUAACAUAACAUGAUUGUAUUAAUUUCUACUAAACUUUUAUACAGUUAUGUUUAAGAUAAAUUAUGUCGUAUUUUUUUUUCUUUACUGGAUUAGAUGCGAAAUUUUUAGAAUUUCAUUAUCGCCGCUCCGUCGAUAAUGCCGUAUGGGUUUUCUUUGAUAGUGAAGUCUGCGAAUCCAAAUAUAAUCCUUCCCGGCUGGUUUUUAUUUAAGGUUUUGUUUCUAAUAUAGGGAGGGUGGAAGGGGGAGGGGGUGUUGUAUUUGAAGGUGGGCUCUAUAAAAAAUUCGGCUUUAAAGGGGGA